AUGUCCACCGUCAUCGCCGUCAUCGCGGUCGUGGGAGUGUUCGCGCAGUUCGCCGUUGCAGGAGCAGCAAUAGCGGCACAAGUCCGGAACGCGAAAUGCGACUUCACGACCGGGGAGUGGCGGAAGGGGACCAAAGGAUUUCCGCGGUACACCUCGCUUCCGGGGAAGCCCAACUCGUGCCCUUACGUGCGGACGGAUUUCGCGUGCGAGCGCAACGGGCGCGCGGACAUGCGGUUCCAGUGGUACCGCUGGCAGCCCACCCAGUGCAUGUACUCCUACUUCAGCCCCUCGGGCUUCAAGUACAUGCUCAGAGGAAAGAAAGUGCUGCUGGUGGGCGAUUCGAUGAUGUCCAACUUCUACGAGGCGCUACUCUGCGCCAUCCACAUCGGUGGCUUCAAGGGCGAGCCCUUCCAGCGCAACACGGGGGGCGUGUUCAACAUUAAGGGCGUGCACUUUCCCCGCAUGAACAUCACCAUUGAGCAUCUCUUCUCACCCUACCUCGUCUACGCGAUCACGCGCGGCGCCCAGACCGCGGACGCGAAGGGCGGCCACGGCUACGACGUCCACGUGGACAAGAUCCAUCCGACGGUCGCGAAGAUCCUUCCGGAAUACGCCAUGGCGGUCUUCGCGUCGGGCGUCUGGUGGCAGCAGAACGUCCCGCGCCGCAAGCAGCCCAACAUCUUCUUCGUGAACAAUGCCCCGAAGAACCUCUCGAAUCUGGACGCGCACGCGUGGGCUCUCAACACGCUCGGCUCUUACCUAAAAACUUCGAAUUACGGUGGCGUGCCGUAUUUUAUUUCGUUCUCGCCGCACCACGGAGGCGCGGGCAACCCGCAAAAGGGAGUUUCAGCCGCCAUGGCGACUUACUCGGAGGUUACCACCGCCACUAAUGGACUGUACAGCUCCGUGUACAGUUUCAUGUGCAGCGAUAAUGACACGGCCAUGCUGACGUCGGCCUUUCCCAACAUGACGAUCGGCGAAUCGGACUUCGCAAGCUUCUUCUGCAGCAAGCUCGACCUCAUCGCGGCGCAGUUCCAAUGGACGCAACUCGCCGUCGACAACACGUACCUCCUCUUCUCCGCCUACCUCGUCUUCGCCAUGCAGAUUGGUUUCGCAAUGCUGUGCGCGGGAACGGUGCGCGCGAAGAACACGAUGAACAUCAUGCUCACCAACGUGCUCGACGCGUGCGUCGGAGGCCUCUCCUUCUACAUCUUCGGCUUCGCUUUCGCCUUCGGCCAAGGAGGAACCAGUAACGCGUUCAUCGGAGCGAAUUACUUCGCCAUGUCGGGUCUCCCGGUGUACACCUCCUUCGACGCGCCGGGCAUCAACUACAUCUACGACUACAGCUUCUGGAUGUUCCAGUGGGCCUUCGCCAUCGCGUGCGCGGGCAUCACGUCGGGGUCCAUCGCGGAGCGCACGCAAUUCACGGCGUACCUCGUGUACUCCACCUUCCUCACCGGCUUCGUCUACCCCGUCGUCGCGCACUGGAUCUGGGCCACGAACGGCUGGCUGUCCGCGUUCAACACGAACAACCUAUUCCUCGACGUGGGCGCCAUCGACUUCGCGGGUAGCGGCGUGGUGCAUAUGGUGGGCGGCGUCGCGGGGCUGUGGGGCGCGCUCAUCGAGGGCCCGCGCCUCGGCCGCUUCGACAAGGGCGGCCGGCCGCUCGAGAUGAAGGGCCACUCGGCCACGCUGGUCGUGCUCGGCUCCUUCCUCCUCUGGUUCGGAUGGUACGGUUUCAACCCGGGGUCGUUCCUGCGCAUCACCAUCCCAUGGACGGACGUGCUGGGUAACUGGUCGUGGGUGGGUCGCACCGCCGUCACCACCACCCUCUCCGGCUGCAUGGCCGCCGUCAACACGCUCCUCGCCAAGCGACUCAUGGCUGGCUGCUGGCACGUGACAGAUGUGUGCAACGGACUGCUGGGAGGCUUCGCGGCCAUCACAGCUGGGUGCUCUGUGGUGGAGCCCUGGGCCGCCAUCAUCUGCGGCUUCGGCGCCAGCUGGGUGCUCAUCAUUCUCAACAUGAUCUCCAUGAAGAUCCAGUUUGACGACCCGCUCGAAGCCACCCAGCUGCACUUUGGCUGCGGCGCCUGGGGCCUCUUCUUUGUUGGUCUGCUGGCCAAGAAGGACUUCGUGAUGCAGGCAUACGCCAAGCCCGACACCACCCCCUACGGUCUCUUCUACGGCGGCGGCGGAAAACUGCUCGCGUGCCAGUGCCUCGAGAUUAUCUGCAUCUUCGCGUGGGUGUCGGUGCUCAUGGGCGCGCUCUUUUUCAUCCUGCACUCGCUCAACCUGCUGCGCGUUCCCCCCGAUGAGGAAAUCGCGGGGAUGGAUCUGACGAAGCACGGGGGUUCCGCGUACAAUGCCGAGGGGCAGGACGGGCAGGGCGUGCAGCUGUACGGCCCCCCCGAGACUGGCGCUGCGAAACCCGCGGAGGUUUGA